AUGCCCCGUGCCCAUCUGCGGCUACGAAGGCCCGCCGCCGGCGCUCUCCACCACAUCAGCAUCGUGCAUCCCAUGCCCGUGCACAGGAUCCAGUACGGCAAGUUGCUCCAGCUACAAGUGCCAGUGUUGGAGCCACGGCUCUUGCUGUUCGCGGAGGAGGACGAUCGCGUGAUUUUCUUGGUCGGCGGCGUGCUCGACAUCGGCGCGCCUAUCACCGUGUCGGUUGUCUGCAUUAGAGCGAGGGCGUCCCCACUGCCGCACUACGCGGCCAAGCUAUGGGCGACCGGCCCACCAGGGGAGCCCAAAGGCAGGACCGACGCCGUCAAGGUGGAAAUCGAGGUGACUAGUAGCAAGGAUCCUGGCGAAGUCGCCGUGCAGGAGCUGACCUUCUUCACAGUUCCGCCCAAGCUGCUGGCCGGGGCUGGGUUGUCGAGGGCGGUGUCCCUCCACAUUCAGAUUGACAAGCUCGCCUCCUAA